AUGCGCUGUGUCAACACUUCUCAUCAAUGUCGCUCGCUACCUUUCUGGCAGCGCAUUCCUGCUGCUACGUACUGCUGUGACUGGCGGUGGCACCUGUGCGCUCGUAACCGUGUGUGGAGCGGGUCGAUUCUCAGCUUGCGAAUUGCUGGUACUGUUGCCCAGGGUCGAACCCUGGACCCCGACCCCAAGGGCUCGGGGCUGAGAGGAACUUGGAAUGAAGCCUUGCCCAUCAAGGCCAGCAAUCAAGAGGGCACCGGGAGGCAGCAGGUGCGACGGACCUCGACGUCGCGAAUCGGCAGCGCCUGCGUGGCGGCGCCUCUGGUGGGGACGGUUGUGGGUGGGGGAAGAGGGGGAGCGGCGGCCGCGGGCGGCGGCGGCUUCGGCGGGCAGUGGCUGCGCGACUGCCGGCAGACGCAACCACCGGCCACCGCGGCGCGAACGGCCGGCGCAGCUCCGACGCACGCGCCACUCUCCGGCGGCGACGACGCCCGAGGACUUUCUCGCAACGCGGCCACCAUCGCCAGCAUCCGGCGGCGGCCGGCGCGCCAGCCCUCGGCGGUGUACGCGCUCAUCCUGCACCUGUCGGCCGCCGACCUGCUGGUGACGGUCUUCUGCAUCGCGGGCGAGGCCGCCUGGAGCUACGCCGUGCAGUGGCUGGCCGGCAACGCCGCCUGCAAGCUCUUCAAGUUCGCGCAGGUGUUCAGCCUCUACCUGUCCACCUUCAUCCUCGUGCUCAUCGGCAUCGACCGCUUCGUCGCCGUGCGCUACCCCAUGCGCGCGCUCGGCACCGCCAAGCGGCUCAGCCGCCUCAUCGCCUUCGUGUGGGUGCUCAGCAUGCUGCUCAGCAUCCCGCAGAUGGUGAUCUUCCACGUGGAGAGGGGCCCGUUCUGCGAGCUGUUCCUGCAGUGCGUGACGUACGGCUUCUACACGGAGCCGUGGCAGGAGCAGCUGUACGCCGCCUUCAGCCUCAUGUGCAUGUUCGUGCUGCCGCUCGCCAUCCUCAUCGGCACAUACGUGUCCACCGUCAUCACCAUUGCAAGGAGCGAGCGGGCGUUCCGGGCAGAAGUGGCCGUGGGGCUGAAGAGCGAGGUGCUGGACGCCAACCGGCGGCGACUGAUCCACCGCGCCAAGACCAAGUCCAUGCGCAUCUCGGUCGUCAUCGUAGUCGCCUUCAUCGUCUGGUGGACUCCCUACUACUGCAUGAUGAUCAUCUUCCUCUUCCUGAACCCUGACAAGCACCUGAGUGAGGACCUGCAGUCGGCCAUCUUCUUCUUUGGGAUGUCCAACAGCCUGGUCAACCCAAUCAUCUAUGGCGCUUUCCACCUAUGGAGACCAAAACGCAGGGGUCGACUCAGCGAUAGAGGGAGGGACGGCUCGACGUUCACGCAGCGCAGCCUGAUGGGCAGCAUGCGGCGCGUGCGGCCGCCCACGGCUGAGGAGACGACGCUGGUGGCGCUGGAGGAGGGCCCGGCCGCCGCCCCCGCCGCCGCCGCCCUUCAAGACGGCGCUCUAACGCCGCCCCCGCGCCCGCUGCUCUGA